GAAGGGGGGAGACGACAGAGGAUAGAAAGAGGAGGAGGAGAGGAAGAUUGGAGGUGCAAACAUUCAACUUCCAUCAUCCCGGAGGAGAUUUGCUACCAUCUACACAUCAAUUUCAUGAGUUCUAUGAUAUCCUCACGGAAGUUUCGGGUAUGGAUGAUUUCAUCAAGAAAUCAUCGAUGCUGGAUUUCCAUGUCCAUGCAUUGGAAGAAGAAUUGCACAAGAUUGAAGCCUUCAAACGUGAACUGCCUCACUCCAUGCAACUGCUCAAACAUGUGAUUGAAAGGUUGAAGGCGGAAAGCGGAAGAGAUGGAAGGGUAAAAGCGUCAAAUGAAUUAACCGAGAAGAAUGAUUGGAGGACUUGUGUUCAGAUCUGUACACCGAUGUCAAGAGAUGAAGCCUCUGUUAUUCCCCUGAAAUCAGGAUUCGCGGAAGGGCCGGGCAAUGGGAAUCUGUUUAAGCUCAGGAACGAAGGAGGGGCAUUUUCGGCAUUCAAGAGAGCAAUGAAUGAAAAGAGUGAGGCUGAUUUGAGCGAUGACGGAACUCCGAGGGCGGAGCAGAAGAAACAGAGGCGUUGUUGGUCUCCGGAGUUGCACAAGAUUUUUGUUGAUGCCCUCCAACAGCUUGGUGGUGCGCAGACGGCCACACCCAAGCAGAUUAGGGAGCGAAUGAAGGUUGAAGGUCUCACUAAUGAUGAAGUUAAAAGUCAUUUACAGAAAUACAGAAUCUAUAUGAAGAGAGUUGAUUCAGCGGUAGCAGUUUCGGAAAUGAAGACGAAGACGACUAGUCAGUGAGAGCAACAAGGACCUUGCUUUCCAUACAAAAACAUAUCAUAUACUCCUCUUACUUCUUAGUUAAUUUCACUUUCAUUUCUACACUUGUUUUGCGGGAGAAUUUAAAAUCGCUUGUCAUGUUGUUGCUUCAUAUAAAGCUGUUUUGAGAUAGUACCAUGUUUUUCUGGGGAAUUCGUUUAGGAUGCCAAUUUAAUUUAUGUUUUUCAAAUACAUGCACUAAUUUUAUUCUCG